GCACUUCUCUGCGGACCCGGAAACGGAAUGCUUGCAACGAAGGUCACACUGCAGACCGAUCGACCUCUAAAGACUCCUAUUGCCUGAGGAAGAAGCCCGGAAGAGGAGGGAAGAGGAAAGAAAAAGGAGUCAGAAAUGGCUCUUUCUCAGGCACCGUUGACAUUCAGGGAUGUGGCCAUAGAAUUCUCUCGGGAGGAGUGGGAAUGCCUGGACCCUACUCAGAAGGCCUUUUAUGUGGAUGUGAUGUUGGAGACCUACAGGAACCUGCUGUCCCUGGAUAUCUCUCAUAUACAUGUGAUCAGGAAAUUACAACCAAGAGCAAACAGUGAUAGAGGAGAAGUAUUCCAAACAGUGAUGUUGGAAAGACAAGAAAGCCAUGAAAUGAAACAUUUUUACUUCACGGAAAUCCAGGAAGAUGACUUUGGGUGUCAGUGGAAGGAUGAUGAAAGAAAUUACAAAGGAAUGUCUGUAGCCUGUAAGGAAAAUGUAACUCACAGAAGAGAUCGACAUGGUAGGUGGAAUUCAGGAAAGAAGCCCAUUGAAAAUAGGCUUACAUUAAGCUUUCAGGAUGAACUGCGUGUAUUUAAGAACGAUAUUUACAAAUGUAAUGAGUGUGGCAAAGCCUUUAAUCAUGGCUCAUCCCUCCGCAGACACCAGAUAAUCCAUACGGGAGAGAAGUUAUAUAAAUGUGGGGUAUGUGGCAAUGUUUUUCGUCUAAAGUCACACCUUAUAAGUCAUUGGACAACUCAUACUCGUGAGAAAACUUACAAAUGUAAUGACUGUGGCAAAAGCUUUAAUCAUGGCUCAUCCCUCCGUAGACAUCAGAUAAGCCAUACCGGAGAGAAACUGUAUAAAUGUGAUGUAUGUAGCAAAGUGUGUAGUCAGAAUUCCUCCCUUAAACGUCAUCAGAGGAUUCAUACCGGAGAGAGACCUUACCAAUGUAAUGAGUGUGGCAAAACCUUUAAUCGUGGCUCUCACCUCUCCACACAUGAGGUAAUCCAUACAGGAGUGAAAUUAUGUAAAUGUGACGUGUGUGGCAAAGUCUUUAGUCAAAAUUCAUGCCUUAGAAUCCAUCGGAGAAUUCAUAACGGAGAGAAACCUUACAAAUGUAAUGAGUGUGGUAAGGUCUUUCGUCAAAAUUCACAUCUUGGAAGACAUCAGAGAAUUCAUACCGGGGAAAAACCUUACAAAUGUAAAGAGUGUGGCAAGGUCUUUAAUCAAUAUUCACAUCUUGCAAAUCAUCAGAGAAUUCAUACUGGAGAGAAACCUUACAACUGUAAUGUGUGUGGCAAGGUCUUCAGUCAAAAUUCAAAUCUUGUAAGUCAUCAGAGAAUUCAUACGGGAGAGAAACCCUAUAAAUGUAAAGAGUGUGGCAAAUUCUUUAAUCAAAAGGCAUACCUUACAAAGCAUCAGAGAGUUCAUAAUGAAGAGAAGUCUUACAAAUGUAAUGUGUGUGACAAGGUCUUCAAUCGAAAUUCAAAUCUUGAAAGUCAUCAGAGAAUUCAUACUGGAGAGAAACCUUACAAAUGUAAUGAGUGUGGCAGGUUCUUUUCUCAAAAGCCAAACCUUGGAAAGCAUCAGAGAGUUCAUACUGGAGAGAAGCCUUACAAAUGUAAUGAGUGUGGGAAGGUCUUCAGUCGAAAUUCACUUUUUGCAAUUCAUCAGAGAAUACAUAAUGUAGAGAAACCUUUCAACUUUAAUGAAGGAAAUGCCUUUACUCAGAUCUCAACCCUCACUAAAUAUCCGAUAAUUUAUACGUGGGAGAAACCAUGUAAAUGUGACAUAUGUGGGAAGGUCUUCAUUCAAAAUUUACACCUUACAAUUCAUUGGAGAAUUCAUAGUGGGGAGAAGCUGAGCAAACGUCAUGAAUAUAGCAAAGAUUUUGUGCCUGCAAGCCUCACUUUCUAUCAGAUAAUCCAUAGUGGAGAGAAACCUUACAAAUGUAAUGAGUAUCUCAACGUCUUCAGUCCAAAUUCAUACCUUAAGAUCUGCCAAAUACUUUAUACUGGAGAAAAUCUUUUCAAAUAUAAUGAGUGUGGCAAAUCCUUCAGUGUUCUGUCAAGCCUAACUUAACCAUCAGGUAAUCCAUACUGGUGAGAGACUUUAAUAAUAUAGUGAUAUGACAAGGCUUCUAUCAGGCAUCCACAUCUUAGGCUUCAUUAGAAAAUUCAUUCUGAAUAGCAACCAGAUAAAUGCAUUUAUUGUGGCCAGGCCUUAAGAGGAGGAAUUAUUAAAGAACUCAUUCUGGAGAUUACCUCACAAAUGCCACGAAUGUGAAAUAAUAAUCUUAUUUCUCAGGUAAGACAGUUUAUAUUUGUGAGUGACAGACCACCUGGAGAACAGUGACCGAAAAGAAGUGGGCGCGUCAUCCUUCUCACCUAACAGGAAGUCCAGAGGGUGUAGUGUGGGGUGUGAUGGGUCCUCCGCUUCUUCAUCCAUGAGCACUUGGUCCUCACCUUCCUAUAGUAACGUGACUGCUGUAUGAUUGAGAAGGGUGAAGGUGGAGGGCAAAAACCCUUUUCAUUUUAAGAUUCUGUCUUGUUUUCAUGGAAACAUUCAUCCCAGAUAUAUUCUCUUUGGGUCAAGCUCUUGUGACAUGUCUGAGAACUCUGCAUCAAGUUCUGGAUUCUGAAGAUUUUAUUCUAUACCGUUUUUCCUAAAUCUCUUACAGAAUAAAGUUUUAAACUUUGUUUUAAAGCUUUGAUUUACUUUGAGCUAAUAUUUGUACAAAUGUAAAGUUUAAAUGGAGAUCUCUUUUUUUCUUCUUCUUCUUUGAAUAUUUCAUUGAUUAGCACCAGUGUUGGAAAGUCGUUCCUUCAUUGAAUUGCCUGAGUACCUUUGUCAAAAAGUGGUUGGAAGUACACUUGACCCUUGAACAAGGCAUGGAGUUAGGGUUUUAGACUCAUGAGCAGUUGUAAAUUCACAUAUAACUUAAUGUUGUCCCUCUCUAUCCAUGGUUCCGCAUCUUCAGAUUCAACCGGCCACAGAUCCUGUAGUACUGUAGUAGUAUUUAUUGGAAAAAAUGCCCAUAUAAUUGAAUCCACACAGCUCACACCUGUGCUGUUCAAGGGUUAACGGCACUGAUGUAGGACUCUUUCUGGUUUCCACAUUGUGUUCCAUUAGUCUAUGUGUCCGUCACUGCACAAAUCCCACACAGUCUUGAUAACUGUCACUAUAUUAGAAAUCUUGAGGUCAUGUGGAGUGAUUCCAACCACUUCAGUAUUUUUCAGGUAUUUUAGCUCUUCUAGUCCUUUUGCCUUUCCCUAUUAUUUUUAGAAAAAUCUUGUUUGAAUCUACAGAAAUCUUGAUUGAAAACACAUUAAACCUGUAUGUCAAUUAGGGGCAUUUUAAUAUCAUU